GUUUAGAUGCUUAGUGAUAGUGGGACUGAAGUGUCCCGUUUGUGGAGUGAGAACAGUCGUCUGAAGGACCAGCUGUCCCAGUGUGAGAAAGACAAGGAGUUCGUGUGGGGGCUGUGGAAGCGUCUGCAGACUGCAAAUCCAGAUGUAUCUGCAGCAGUUGCUGAUGUACAGAGACAUGAACAACAGAAGCAUGAGGACAGAGACAACAAGGUUCUUGCAGUGCUGGACGCCAAGGACAAUCUAAUCCGAGAUCUGGAAUCAGAAGUUGGGAAGCUACAGGCAGAGCUGGAGACGAAAAGUGGCGAGUGUGAGAGAUUGAAUGAGUUCAAACUGCAUCUGGAGAAUGACAACCACGUGAUCACGGAGAGAGUGAGGGAGAUUGAGUUGCUAGUGAGUGACAGAGAGCACUCUGCCAAUCUCAAACAACAGAACACGCAACAGGCAAUUCAAGAGCUCCAGCAGCAGUCAGUGGGAUUCAGAGCGCGCUGCGAUGCCCUUAUAACUGAAGUGGACACCCUUCGCUCUACGAACUCAGAACUGAGUAGUCGCAACGGAUUUCUAACCCGCAAAAUGGGCGAAUUAGAAGAGGAUUUGUCCAAGAAGACUUUUCAAUUAGACAAACUUACGACAGAACAUCACCGAAUGAAGGAAGAUCGAAUGAAUUUAGACAUGCGCCUCAAGUCACAAAGCAACGAAUCAAUGACUGCAAACCAGGCGCUAAGUCGUUUCGUGGAUGAAAACCGGAUGUUAAAGGACAAUUUGAAUGGUUUGCAGAAAGAUUACGACAAAAUGGCGAUUGAUAAUAGAAGACAAUGCGAGUUGAUAAGGCAACUGCAGAAUUUACAGAAAGACACAGAAGGUGUAAUGAAGAACCAGGAAGAUGUCUAUAAUGCCGAGAAGAAAAACUAUCAGGCCAUGUACUAUGAAACGUCGGCAAAAUUGAAAGACGCUAUUAGCGAAGAGCAGAAGAUCAAGUAUGAGUACGAGCAAAUGAAAAGCGACCUGAAAUCAGAAAACUUGGGCCUGAAAAGAGAGAUCUCUACUCUUCAGUCGCAAAUAAAAGAACUGCGGCCGAAAAAAGUUAUAAUCGGAAAUGAACUUUGUGACGUGUGUACCGACUGUUCCGCUAAAGUUACUUCAUACGAAAAUGAGAUCCAACUUCUGCAGUCGAAGCUAAACGAGAGAAAUAGAAUGAUAGAAUCUUUCGAAGUCCGAGACACUAUGCACAGAAACCGAAGUGUAGACCAGAAACGAAGCGGCUCUUAUACGAGGGCGACUGCUACCUCUCGUGCGCGCUCAUUUUCGCCGUUAGCUACUAAUAGAAACGCAUUGGAUCUUGCACGGAAGCUUUCGGUGUCCGAAAAGAAGGUUUCGGCUCUGACUUCUAAAUUAAAAUCGGCAGACCAGGAGCUUCUAGAAGUGCGCAAAGCUCACGAACGAAGGUUGGCUAGGUUCAAGAGCUUACAACAGGAGAUGAUUUUGCUGCGUGAACAAGUUAAAACAUACGAAAAGGACGGCGAGUCACCUGUCGUCAGAAGUUUGAACGACAUUUCGAAGGGAAAUUCAAAGGAAAAAAUGGCGAAACAGUUCGAGAAGAUGAAACAAGAAAACAGGGAUCUGGCAAAUCAAAAGAUAGAACUUCAGGAAAUAGUGGAUAGGCUUAGAGUAGAGCGUGUACGAGAUUCGGCUUUGAUGCAGGACCUGCAGCAAAAUCUGGCAAAUGAAGUUGAAGGUAAAAGUGUAGAUGGUGAAAUUCGACAAUGGAUGUCCGAGUGUCGCAAGCUAGAAUCGAAGAUUCUAGAUCUAAAAGAGGAAUUGAUUAUAUCCAAUCAGGGGAAAGACGCGCUAGCGAAGGAAUGCAACAGGCUUACUGAGCUUUCAGAGUCUCUUAAGCAAAGUGUUGAAAGUUUUGAAAGAUCGAAGCGAGCCGGUAAAAAAUCCAAACCGAAGGUUUCUGUGAAAGGACUAGCAGCUAACAAGCCUAAAGUAGCAAAAAAUAAACCCCGAAAUAAUUUGUCUUUGUUACGUAAUAUAGACGAGAACGCGUCAUUGACUGCUGAAGAUGAAGAUGAAUAUGAAGAGAUUUUGGGAAGCGAAGAUGAAGAUACGGAUACCUACCAGACUGUAAACUCAUCGCUAAGUUUGGGCAACCGUAUAAAGGAAGUAGCCCAGGCGAACAAAAAGAUCGAAAGAGCUUCUAAGCGAGUGUUAAAUAGAACCUCAUCGACCCAAACUGACAUAGAUCUUUCGAAUGCUUCGACGUUGGCACAUUUAGUGGGAAUGAUGUCAAACCCAAGCACGCCUCGAGAUACAACAAUCGACGAAAGAACCCAAGAGUCUUAUAAUUUUGGAGCCCCUCUUGUGUCGAAAGGCAAAGGAAGUAUGCAGCUUCAAGGUAGUUUCAAACCAGGAUUUGACCAGAAAGUGAAGAAGCAGAAAGGUUCAAACUCUAGCACUAACUCAGGGUCUAGUUAUAAAUCGAAGCAAACUAUUAAAAAUCUGAAAUCUGACGUUUCUUUGCUCAGUGAGAAAUGCGAGACUCUAACUGAACAAAACGCAGCCUUAAGGUCGGCUAAAGUUUCAUUACAGAGCACAAUUGAUGGUCUUUAUAGUCAAGUGGACCGGCUGCAAAAUGAACAGCAAAACAUGAGCUCUAAAUUGCGAUGCGCCAAAAUGAAAGAGCAGAAGUUAUCAGUGGAGGUGGAAAAACUCGAAAAAGUAAAAUCAGAGUUAGAAGCAAAAAGUGGAACUGAUAAUUCUGGAAAACAGGAUUCAGAAAUUAGAAGUUUGGAAAGUCGAUUGCGGAACGCGCAAAAUGAGACCAAUCGUCUGAAGCAAGAAGUUAAAUCUAUCACAGACGAAAAGGAGCAGAAACAGAAUGAUUCUAAAAGUUUGCAGGAGAAAAUUACUAGACUGGAACGAGAUGUAACACAAAAACGUUCUUUGAUCGAAAACUUGAGGUUCAAGAUCAAAACCUUCGAAGAAAACGCCAAGAAUGAUUUGAAAGAACAGAAUGAAUACGAUGCUAAGUCUCAUGCACUGAAAGAAACUGCGGAAUCGGCUAAGCGAACAAUUGAAAAUUUGAGAAGUCAGCUUGGCCAUUACAAGAGUAUUAAUGUAGAAGCCAUUCAAAAGAUAGAAAAGCUGGAAAAGCAUAUUAAGACGUUGGAAAGUAAGAAACACGAGUAUGAGAACUUUGCGACUGAAAUGGAAAAUGUAGCGACCUCUCAGCUUGAAGGGCUGGCAAUGCAAAGCGAAGUGGCCAUUGAACGGCUGCAAAGUCAGUUGAAAGAUGCGGGUGUGAUCGUGAAAGAAUUCAUAACGUUGUUCAGGUCAUUUGCGAAUGAACUGGUUUCCAAGAUGUCUAAACAGUCACGCGAUUUGUCCACUAAGAAAUUAGAGCAUCACAAAAGCAAGUACUCACAAGGUAUGCUUGCAGCUAGAUCGAAAGCAGCUGAGAUCCUAGAUCUAAGCACAGAUGAUAUUGACGAAAUUAUGACACCAAACGAUAGCGGAAUUGAGAUCUACUCGAAGACCGAAGCAUACAGAUCUAGAGUGGAGGAAGUUUUGAACUCUAAAGCGCCGUUCGCGACCGAGAUGAUGAAUUUGCUUCUGGAAGUGUUGUCUGAAUACUCAAAAGUCACAGCCGAAGCUGCUGUUUUAAAAAUGGAAUCCUGUUGAUCAGAAAUCCUGCGAAUUUCGUCAUCAAGAAAGUUGUUCUCAAAAUGAAUGAGACUAAAAACUUAUAAUAGUCAUCGUCUUGUGCUGCACAAAUGUGUCUUUCUCAAACUAACUUUCAGUCAUGUCAAUUAGAUAAAAGUUUGGUUAUAUUUCAUUUUUGACGUUUGCUGUCCAUUUUUCCUUUUUGUACAGUUGUAAAUAAUUUACGAGAAAUAGUGUAAAUAAGUUCUGUCCAAUUAAUUUUGACAAUUUU